AUGGCGGAGCUGAUGGACGUUCUCGAGGAAUUAAAAGCCCUCCCAGAACAGCUACAUAUGCUCUGUCCCCGCCAAAACGAUGAUGACAUGGGACUGUACAAUGAUGAACAUAUCCAUUCCCUUGACCCGACCGACCCAGAUGUGAAACCCAAUGUCGAGAAUCUCAAUCGUAUCUCCGAAGCCACCUCGCGAAGACAGAAAUUCCUAUCCUCCAUGCGUCUUCUUGCGUUCAGCGGCGAUGAAGUCGAGAUCCAGCAGGAAUGGAUAUGGAGGCGACUCGAGCACGACUUGGAGAAAUGCGACUUGUGCAUUAAGGAAUAUUAUAAGGGAAAGGUGUGGCUGAUGGAUAUGUUGGGCGAGAGCUACGAUGAGUUGGAGGUCGAGAAGUUUGGCAGAAUCAUUGAUGAACAGGAUAUUAAGCGGAUUGUGAAGAACUUGGAUCGGGCGACGGAGAUAUUGAAGACUGUUGCACCCCAACAGCGAAGUCUUUCGGUCUUGGAUCGUGCAGCCUUGUUAUCGAUUUUCGAAGCCAUGAGCUCAAAGGCGAUGCUGAACGAGGACGACAUACUCCGGGCCCAUUUUGACGAACCGUUUACCUUGGUGCAAAGCAACCGGACAUUGAAGAUGCCCGAAUAUAUACCCGCAACCACUCAGUUUCUUUUUGAUGCGAAUGAUCAACGCCGCCGGUGGGCGUUCACUUCAUGGGGAAGGAUGAAAGCACCCCCUACCACCCCAGAGUUCGACUGGGCAGUCAAGGAGCCGCUACUUGUAGCUCUUCGCAAGGCGUCUUGCCCUCCUGUUCAACCAGAUCUAGUCCGGAGGCUGUGGGAGGGCAUCCAUGCUAUUGUACAACGGCUAGAUAAAGAACAAAUCACUCACAACCUUAGAGCUUUAGAAAUUGACCCUUGUCGAUUAUCAGUUGACCACCUUGCUGUCCCAACACCAGGUUUACGCUCACUAUUGAACACCGUUCAAAUUUUUCUCGAGAAAGCGCCAAGUGAUUUCUGGGACGCUAUGCAAACCAUUUCCCCGCAGGCUAUCAUUGAACAGAUCUUUUAUAACCCCCAGUUCGAUGCGUUUUUACUUGAGUCGCGCGAUGAUAAUCCCUUUGAGAAACCUUCACCUUUGAGGGAUAUGUUGUCAUGGAUCGAGCCGUUCAUGGCUUCUCUUCAAGGCACACACCAGCCUCAAGCAUGCAGAAUACUUGUUUUCCAACUUCUCACCAGGCUACAGGACUCACGCUUUCCAGCAAUUUCGAGAUAUAUUUGCUUUCGAAGCGGACUGUCCACCCUCGUUUCUACAUUGCGGACCUUCACGGAUAACGAGUCAACAAGAGGUUCCGUUGCCAGGGUUGUUCUAUCUGACACUCUUGAAGUUACAAGUGAUAAUAUCGGCUAUUUCAUGGAACCUCCUGAAUUUCCGAUCGAAGGAAGUAAAAAAGUUAUCUCCGGCCUAUGCGUGGAUGUAAUUCGAAACGCCCUUGCUCUAGAAUGUCAGUCCUUGAAGUCUGACUACGAGGUUAUUCUUCGUCGGAAACCUAUGGCGCAUGGCGUGAGCACGUACUCUGCUAAGAUUUGGGAUGCUGUUGUCCAGCAUCUGCAUGAGGAUAAUCUUGGGCUUUCCAACGCUGCUCUCAUGGGUAUUUUGCCCCUUGUUGGAUUAGAGAAAUUCUCCACCAAAGGCGAGAAUAGCAAGGAGAAAACGCAUUUCAACGUCAUCUACGGACACUUGACACACCUUGCUUGUCAGAUCCUUGAAAGGCUAGCUGACUUUAAGCCGGAACAUUUGGAUAAUUUAUUUAAGAGCCACGACACGAAUGGCUCGUUGAUUUCGGCCCUUUUCUCCGCCGAUCUAAAUACCUAUCAAGCUGCAGUAGAUCUUAUCAAAACUAUUAGUGGUCAAUCUGGCCGCAAGGAGGCAAUAUCUCACCUCCUACAGUCCUUCUGUGCGACGACGAUGUACGGGUUCAGCUUCUCAUUCCGACGAAUAUCCAACAUGAAAACUUUUGCAUCUGCCCCUCGGAUGCUAAAAACUGGGACUGAUAUUAUAGAUGUGCUCUGCGACUCUGAAACUGGCAUUCUUAGAACGCGAAAACUUGUUGAUCGCGUGGAGGCCGUUUCCCUUCAGAGACUAUGGGAAUAUCAAUGGCAAGCUCUCUCCACUAUAUUCCAGCAAACGGAGACCUGGCAUUUGAUGGGAAAUGAUAGGAUGGUUAUGCUAGAAUUUUGCCGCGAUACUAUCCAGUUUGCGGAGCUUCUUUUCAACCAAUUCACUAUCUUUGCGAGCAGUAUUUCCGAAUUUGACCCUUCCGAGUCCCAAUCAGCAAAGGAAAACCUGGUCAAAGCCCCUGCGGUGACAUUGGACUCCAUGGUCAGAUGGCUUCGUUUGAAAGAUGAUUAUUUAGCGACCACAUUAGUAGGCCUUGUUGCGAAGCUUCUCCGGCGUAUGGGAGAAUUAGACGUAACCCUUGCUGGAGAUACUUUGAAGUAUAUUGAGGAUGUGGCUCGAACUUCUCUCAUCAAAACCAUAUUAACUGCGCAGGAAAAGGCUGAGCUUGUGAGAGCUCUCGAAUCAUACUAUAAAAAGCCAUUCGUAACAGUGCAGAAUACCACUGUCCAAAAGAAAAAGAAGCAGACUACCAUCACCUCAUAUGCGAAGCCAAUCGAUCUUACAAGUGUUUCAAGCCCCUCUAAGAUAUCUGGAAGUGAUGAGGAUGAAUUUGACGACAUCCCGGACGAAGUGCUUAUGCAACUUUCUGGAUCUGUUGAACUCAACAAAGCACGCAUCGCUGCUCAGAAACGUCCGGAGAAGUCUGCCAUUCCGUCUAAAAGUGCUCCUCGACCCAUCAACCCCGUCACAAAUGUCCUUUCCUUCCGUGAGAAACGAGAACGGGAGAAAGAAGAAAAAAAACGACGUGAUUUGGCUGAGCUAGCUCGAUUGAAAAAGAAGCUCCCAUCUCAAACUGCCAAUCAGGGCUCUGGUUUGCAAGGAAUUAAUGUUAACAUUGAUGAACGUGGGCCUGUUGAGAGCAUGAUGGUCUCCGACUCCGAUUCGGAUGCGGAUAGUGAGGAUAGUGAUGGUGAUGAUGGAGACGCCCCUGGACGAAAGGCCACAUCUAAGCCAGAUGCAGUGAAAGCAUAUGAGGAAAGCAGGAGAAAGCUAAUAAGCCAACGUGGUCCUGUUAGGAAAGUUAAACUUGUGCGGUCUGCUAAAGAUAUGCGAGCGAGGCUCUCACCAGACCUAUCACUACUCCACAGGACCUUACUGAGCUGGGAAUUCUUCGCGAAUGGUGACCUUCCUCCGAAUUCUGGCCGUACAGACUAUAGCCUUGUUUCAAAUACGUUUGCUGAUGCGGCGGAUUACCAAAAAACUUUCGAACCCCUGUUGAUAUUAGAAGCAUGGCAAAGCUUCCAGUCAGCGAAAGAAGAAGGUGGUUUCAAGGCCUUCGAAAUCAAGGUUUCAAAUCGCAUGUCUGUGGAUGCCUUUGUUGAGGUUAUCACCUUCAUGCAACCUACGGAGGCUAAGGAUUUGGGAUUGGCGGAAUCCGAUCUUGUUCUGCUAUCUAAGUCGAACAAUCCGAGCUCUGAUGAAAAGGCGCCACAUUGUCUCGCAAGAAUUUUCCGGUCAAUUAAAAAGAAAGGGAUGAUGGAAAUUUCCUACCGCAUAAAUCCUUCGAACCCACUCAUGUCCUCAAUUUUACCAGGAGCUUCACUAUAUGCCGCCCGGGUCGCGUCUUUAACUCCCGUUGAGCGAGAAUACGGAGCCUUGAUGGCGCUGAAGUACUACGAUCUGAGCGAGGAAAUCAUCAAAGCCAAGCCAUCACCCAUAUUGAACUAUUCGCUGGAGUCUCUUAAGCCCAUCAUUGAUACUUACAAAGUCAACCCUGCACAGGCAAAAGCUGUCAGGUCGGCAAUGGAUAAUGACGCGUUCACAUUGAUUCAGGGCCCUCCGGGUUCGGGCAAAACCAAAACCAUUGUCGCCUUGGUGGGUGCCAUUUUGACCCCUGUCUUUGCUGAGCAAAAGAUCACCCGACCCGGGUCAUCGGGCGACUUCAGACCAGUGACACGAGCUACGACCUGCGGAAAACUUCUUGUUUGCGCACCAAGCAAUGCAGCUGUUGAUGAGUUGGUUAUGAGGUUCAAGGAAGGGGUCAUCACGUCGAGUGGACAAAAGCAAAAUAUCUCCGUUGUCCGUCUGGGUCGAAGUGAUGCGAUAAACUCGAAUGUCAUGGAUGUAACUUUGGAUGAACUUGUAAAUGCAAAGCUUGGGCAAAAUGGUCGCAAAAAUGGCAGUGAGAAGGACCUCCAAACUUACUAUUCGGAACAUAAGGGAGCUUGCACCCAGUUCAACGAAAUUCGCGAAAGACUUGAUCAGUGUCGUGCAAAGGGACAACAUGUUCCGUCUGAGCUGGAGCGGGAAUUUGAUCUGUUGAAGCGGAAGAAAGCGCAACUUAGUCAGGCCAUUGAUAAUGCCAGGGAUAGUAACCAGGCAGCAGCCCGUAAUGCUGACCUUGCGAGAAAAAAGGUUCAGCAGGAGAUCAUUAACGGGUCGCAUGUCAUAUGUGCAACUUUGAGCGGAAGCGGUCACGAAAUGUUUCAGUCACUGAGCAUCGAGUUUGAAACGGUCGUCAUCGAUGAGGCAGCACAGUCUAUUGAGCUUAGCGCUCUUAUCCCUCUCAAGUACGGUUGUUCCAAAUGUAUCCUUGUUGGUGAUCCUAAACAACUACCGCCAACGGUUCUCUCAAAAGUUGCGUCGCGCUUCCAAUAUGAGCAGAGCUUGUUCGUCAGAAUGCAAGCCAAUCACCCCAAAGAUGUCCAUCUCCUCGAUACCCAGUACCGAAUGCACCCAGAGAUCAGUCGUUUCCCAAGCGCCGCAUUUUACGAUGGUCGACUUAAAGAUGGGCCAGAUAUGGCUAAGUUGCGAGUUCGGCCGUGGCAUAGUAGCGAACUUCUGGGCCCUUAUCGUUUUUUUGACGUGCAAGGACUCCAUUCAAGCGCCCCAAAAAGCCAUUCAUUGGUUAAUUUAGCAGAACUCCGCGUAGCGAUGAAGCUCUACGAACGGUUGACUAUUGAUUAUUUGACUUACGACUUUAAGGGCAAGAUCGGAAUUAUCACUCCGUACAAAGGCCAACUUAGGGAAAUGAAAAAUCAGUUUGCGAACAAGUACGGGAGUUCAAUUUUUACCACAGUCGAGUUUAACACCACAGACGCAUUUCAGGGACGGGAGUGUGAAGUUAUAAUUUUCUCUUGUGUGCGAGCAUCUAAUCGUGGGAUCGGUUUCUUGGCUGAUAUCCGCCGGAUGAACGUUGGGCUGACUCGUGCAAAAUCAUCACUUUGGGUGCUUGGGAAUUCACAGUCACUCGUCCAAGGCGAAUUCUGGAACGGGCUGAUUACCGACGCUCAGUCGAGAAACUUGUAUACCCAGGGGGAUAUCCUGAAACUCUUGCAGAGGCCGCAAAUCAGCCUAGAUAUGGAGCUGAAAGAUGUGCAGAUGAUUGACGCUCCGAGCGCGAAGAGCUCACCACCAUCAAGAAAUGGAUCUAUGACUCCAGGCUGGCAUGGAAGUAGCCGUCCGUCGUCGGCUCUAUCAACAGGUCGUGUUUCCAGUACCCAUCCUGCGUCCUCCAGGGACACACCGGGCCAUAGUCCUACACUAGUGCCUUCAACUGGUCCUGAAGGGCCUUCAGGCGGCAAAUUCGGUUUGAACGACUUAGCCAUGUGUGGAUUUUGCGGGAGCUACGAGCACAUGACGACAAACUGCGAUAACGCGGAAGCCAAAAUGGCCAGCCACGGCGCCUGCUGGCGAUGUGGAGAUGUUUCACACUCUAAGCGCGAUUGUAAAGCAGAACGCUGUCUCCGGUGCGGUGCCUUUGGUCACUCAGCCCGCCAAUGCACAUCAACAGUUGUCCUCUCCAAACAGGAGAAGGAUAAAAUCGCCCGCGACGAACAUCACCAUGCGCAAGCUCAAAAAGCAAAUAUCGAGCGACAGCGGCAAAAACAACUCGGCGACCACGAUCCAAAAGUGCCAGUUAUCCAGGUGCCGUCAAAAGUCGCCUCGAAUGCACCGUCAUCCGCAGGAAUACUUCAUCAAGGACAGGGCUUGCAGGACUCGCCAAAUGCUGAUCAGGGAAAUUCGGGCAAACGAAAGCGGAUGGAAACAGAUCUUCCUAGUUCGCGCCCAAACUUGAAAGUUCGAAAACCAAAUGCCCAGUUUAAUGCUCAGUUUGCGGCGCCUCUGAAUGCCCCAAAGGGCCCACGGGGGAAGAAAUUAGACCCCCAUAUCGUUGCUCCUCCUACCAGCGACCUGGUAAUACCGUCUAAAUCUGAACAGGGACAUCAGCCGAUAGCCUCCAAAGAUCAACAACUUUCACGCGCUCGUUCGGGGACUGAACAGGAGAAGCAGACGACAAAUGUAAGUUCAGGCAAAUUUUUCUCUCCCAUCCUCUCCUCGUGA